ACUUAGUAUUGUACAAAGGACAAAGCGCAACCACGCGUGCGAUGCGAGUCGAUUGCUACAGCUUGCCUACAGUUGGUAGAAAGUACACCACCAGUAGGGUUCGCUUGACUUCAGUUGUUGACAGUCCGCGGUAGGUAGCGUACGUACCGACGCAAAUGUAACCAGCCGAACGCGGGAAAUAGUUGCGUCUUGGCCGCGAUAGAAAGCAAAAUAGACAAAAAGAAAAUAGAAAAAUAAAUAAACGGUAAAAAAUGGGUGUCUGUGUAAGGAUUGCUAUCCUGUUUCUCAUGGUUUCUGCAGCAGUCGCUCUUCCUGCGGGAGACGCGAAGUGGAUUACUCAAAUCGAUGAUGAGCAAGAUGAUCUAGCUGCGGAAUCGUCAGAAAUCAUACCAGAAGCAGUAGCACCACCGCCAAAUCUUCAAAGUCAACCAGCGCCGGAUUCUGUCGCAGCCGCUGACCAAACAGACCACUCAAUAGAAGUGGUUGGGGACUCACAAAAUUUCUUCCCGACGUUCGCGAACUUAUUUGAGCCCAGACAGCAUAACAACUUUAGAUUGGGCUUUAAUAGCCAAGAAGCAGCGUACAGUCAACGACCAAAUUCUUACAGAUCAUUGUUGAACUAUCCUCUAUUCGGAGGUUAUAAGGGAUUAGAAGGAUUUGGAAAACAGAACACCCCAGCGGCUUCUGAACCUAUAGUAGAUGCAAGCACGAGUGUUCUCGGCUCAGGAAACUUCGGCAUCAUAAAAGGUGGCACUUUCUUCGCGCAAAAUGAUGAGGAAUCCGCAGAAUUUGGUGAUGGUUACAACAACUAUUAUAAUAAUGGACACGGAAGACCGUCUCUCAAUGUUGGAUACAUAGCUAACCCUAGGCCCAACUACAAACAAGAUCAAUUCGCUAAUUUCAGAGAUUUCGCUGACAUUAAUGCUCCAGCAAACCCAGCUUACUCACAUUAUGUUGUAGUUUAUGCCAACAAAAAUGCCACUUUAGAUGAAGUCAGUGAAGAAACCAGAAAUGUGUUAUCAAGACCUAACAACAUUAUUGAAACCUUAGAGCAGUUAGAAACGCCGAGCCCACCUAAGAAGAAGUCAAAAGUUAAAUCAAAGUUGGAAGCCACCAAACAAAAGAUGCUUCGCAAGAAAGAGCAGUGGAAGAAAAGUAAUUCUAAAUAUCUCAGCCAAAAACACGAUACAGAAGAACCGUUAUUAGCUUUAAGUUAAGUCUAGUGUUUUAAUGAUAAUUAUAUAUGAAAAGACUUGCGUUGUAUACGUGCUAGUGAUAAGAAAUAGUAUACAAUUUUUUGUCACUUCAAAGAUGUGAUAAAAGGCUCACUGUCUAAAUUAAUAUAAGCCAAGUGUGAUUCGUGCUGUGAGGAAUUUAAAAUUAUGCUCGACGAAUGACUGCUAUUGUGUGGAUACUGGAUAAUAAAUUAAUAUUAUAAGUUAA